AUCCGACAAGCAACCAACCAAGCACGGAAACGGAAACUGGCUGCAGACCAGAGGGAGGCAGCUGCCCAGGCUGCCUGGCUCUGAAACCCACGCAUCCAAUCCCUCCACUCCUCGCACCCAACUCCCUUGCUGGAGCUGCCCCGCCGCCCGGCGAUGUCGUCGUCGUCCUCGGCCCUGGCCAAGGGCAAGUCCGCAGCCGGAUCCUCGUCCGGAUCCGCCAAAUUCGAGGCCAAAGGGAAAUCCUCGGCGGCGGCGGCCUCCGCCAAGCGAGCAACCACCACCAGGGGCAGGGGCAGAGGGAAGGCCGAGAAGAAGGUCUACUCGCUGCCCGGCCAGAAGUUCGAUCCUCCGGAGGAGAGGGAGCCUCUCAGGAUAUUCUACGAGUCCUUGUCCAAGCAGAUCCCCUCCAGCGAGAUGGCUGAGUUCUGGUUAAUGGAGCAUGGUUUGUUGUCUCCGGAGAGAGCAAAGAAAGCAUAUGAAAGGAAACAAAAACGGCAGCAGCAAGUGCGAAUGGGUACCCCGAUUAAGCCCAGCGGAAGAAAAGACAGACCAGCUGAAAGUUCAAGGAAACCAGCCGCAUCGAGCAAUAUGAACUUGAAGGCAAAGAAAAGAGUUGAUUACAGUGACGACGAUGACGAUUUCAUUGUGAAGUUGAAGAGAUCCAAGGGAUGACAGUUUGACAGAUGAGGUGGAUACAUUUACUUUGGUUUCUAAUAGAUACCAACAAAGACAUUCUUUAUUUAGGAUAUACUAUCUGUAUGGUGAAAUAAAUAUGUAUUUUGCUGCAUACUGUAAGUGUUUAAUAUUUUUCAAAACAGGCAGGCGGUUCGUCAUGCAACAACUGUAUCUGUAUCUCGAAUAUAUAUACAUGGUCUGCAAGGAAAUGCUGUUGAACAGGAAAAGAUUGGUUGGAA